AUGCACAGCAUGGUCAGUCUAUGCUUGGUAGUAGUCCUGAUGCAAGGCGGAGAUUUGUCCAGUAUUCACAUGGAAUGGGCUUGGUGUAAGCCCCUCAGCAGGAACUUUGCACCUUUUCCACUUGUGCAAGCCCCUCACAGUUCACUCCUCCACCCUCCUACAAUCAGGCUUCAGGUGGUUCUCCUGGACAUUAUGGUCCACCUUCUCCUCACUCAGUCCCAAGAGAGUUCAGCUUCACAUUGGAAGGGGCAACAUUUUGAGAAUCCCAGUUCUACCCAUGUUGAGGGAAUUGCCUCGGCCCCUGGUAGUCAACCGUCACACCAACGGCCAAAGUCUGGUACUCCAAGUUGGACGCAACAACAAGGGGGCAGUUUUGUCCCAGGUCAAUCUUCAGUUCAAAAUGUGCCAGGCUCAUCGAGAUCUGGUACUAACAUUCCAUGGUCACAAAGCACUGGAUUAGAUCAUGACAAGCCUGAGGAUAACCUGUCAUUGCCAGAUCCUGGGGAUUGGGAUCCAAAUUACAGUGAUGAACUUCUUCUGCAAGAGGAUAAUUAUGAUGUCGGCUCCUUAAGUACUGAAUUCAGCAAAGGUGUCAAUCUUAGUUCUGGCAAUCAGCCAGGUACUGUAAGAAGAUCCAACCAUCAAUCAAACCCGAGCUCUUAUUCCUUAGUUCAAAGACAAAAUGGUUUUGUGCAAUCAUUUUCACAUGUCAACGUGGGAAGUCCUCCUUCAGCACACGAACUGCAUGCUGGUAGCUAUGGCCAUUCAAUGUCAAAGCCAUCCCAUUUCACACCCCAUCUUCCUCAGAACUCUCCAAGACGACUAGGACAGCAAGCCAGUCAUCGUGGGCGUAGGGCUAAUUAUCCAGGACCAAGCAUUCCUCCAGCAUCUAGAGGAAGAAAAGAUCAUGGAAGAUUUGUGUAAUUUUUGGUUAUCAGCUUGAUUCUUUUGCUGCAAGGGGACACAAUGUAUUAGAGUGUUGGAAAAGGAAGAGUUUUACUCAGUAGUCCACAUGCUUUGUGGACUGAUGCUUAGGAAAAUCCUCAUCCUCAUUCAUUCCGCUUGCAAAAAUAUAAGCUGUGGUGUCUAUCUUUUUAUUUCUCCUUUGGCUUGACUUAUACAUGUGCAAUCAGAUAUCAAAUUUCUUUACUGCUUCUUGGUCAUCCUUUCUUAUGAGUCGAUACCUCGUAAUGUGGAUCUUGAAUUUAUUUAUGCAAUGUGCAUUUUUUGAGCUACAAUUGGAUCUAACUGGGUAAUUGAAGUCAUUGCAGUAGUUGCAGGGCAGUAAUGUCAGCCAGCCACCUCGUAGAAGAAGUGAUAACUGAAGCUUCCUGUCAAGUGAUAACAGCUUGCCUGCCAGGUUUUUACAUGGAGUGUGUAAGCUAGUUGGGUUUCUUUGUAUGGUUCUAUUGUCAAUAAACUAUGUUUUU